AUCAUGCUUUUGAUUGGCCAACUCUAUUCCCCCCAGGGUCGGAUCAGGUCAGAAAGCAAAAGCUGUUUGGCUCCCGAGAAAAUUUCCCCAGAAAAUUUCGCCGGAAAAGUGACCUUUCUUUCUUAGUUCUUACCAUCAAUGGCGGUCGCAGCAGCCGCUCCAGCCACUGCUUACCUUAGCAGCACCGAGCGCAGUCUCUUUCCCGCAAGGCAUCGGCCUCGUCGCUUCUUUCCCGCCAAAGGAGCUCCAAGAUUCCUCGCCAUGGCACCCAAACAGAAGGUGAACAAGUACGACCAGAACUGGAAGAAGGAGUGGUUCGGCGCUGGAAUAUUCUACGAAGGGAGCGAAGAGAUCGAAGUCGACGUGUUCAAGAACCUGGAGAAGAAGAAGGUGCUGAGCAACGUGGAGAAGGCGGGGCUGCUUUCGAAGGCGGAGGAGCUGGGUUUCACUCUCUCGUCGAUCGAGCAGCUGCGGUUGCUCUCCACGGCGGAGGAGCUGGGCCUGCUCAGCCUGCUCGAGAAGGCUGCCGGCGUCUCGCCGUCCGCGCUGGCCUCUGCGGCGCUGCCCGUCUCCGUGGCGGCGGUCCUAGUGAUCGUUCUGAUUCCCGACGACUCCGCCGGCCUGCUGGUGGUGCAGGCGGUCGUCGCCGGCGCGCUCGCGGUCGGGGCGGCCGGGUUGUUUGUCGGGUCGGUUGUAUUGGGUGGAUUACAAGAAGCGGAUUGAUUGAGACAGUGAGAUUUGACUGCAAGUGUUUUUUUUAAUUGUUAUAUUUUGUUGUAUUUUUAUUGCGUGGGUGUUUUUGUCAUUAUGGUUAGUAGGCAUUCAAAUUUCAUGGAAGACAAUUUUUCUCAAAAUUUUAUAUUUUCUUUAUCAAAAUCAAAAUUUUGUUAUUAUUA